UAGCGAUUAGGAGUUGGAGGAGCAUAAUACGGCGGUGCUAGGUACUUCUGUAAUGUACCUCAGGCAAGCUCUGGUGCAUUUAGGGUUACACAUUCAAAGACAAGGCGACUCCACGGCAGGUGCUGAGUGCUGAUCACUGUUGCACCUUCCACAGCUUCCGCAGCUUCCAUACGAGGUCCUCCACCUCGAUGUUGAUUGCCAUGCAGUUCAACACCAUGGCUUGCCAUUGCUCGCAGCGAGAAUGCCUGUCUCAGAUUCCACAAGACGGGCUUUCCCCCCUGGCAGCGCUGCCAGAGCCGGAACCAUCUGCGUUCGCAGACGUCGAUGAUAACUUCGAUGUUGAUUUCAACAGCUACAUCGACGGCCUGGUCAUGGCAGAAGGUCUUCAACCACUUGCGCCUGCCGACAACCACCCUCACGAUCAUCAUUGCUACCCGAACCGCCACAAUCAGAAUACUGCCAGCCCCGACACGCCAUCGCCGUCCUUGUCCUCAUCAUCAUCUUUAUCACCGCCAUUUCAAUUCACCUCGGCGUUCCCAUCCUCAUCUCUCUCCACCUCCCCGCAAAAACAAACACCACGAAUCCAAAAAACACAACAAACAAAAUAUGAACAGCUAACGGACCGACCCGAUCAUCCAAAAGCGGCAGCCGACUCGUGUCUACAACUCGGCCUCAAACCACUAGCAUCGCUCAGCACCGCCUCGGCAUCGCACAUUUGCAUCUUCAGCAAGAGCUGCACCGUCAGCCGGCCGCGAUCAUCCUGCCGGCCGCGUAUGGUCGGGGCGGCUCUCGCCGUUAACAAAGACGCAAUGGACUCGGCCCGCCGGAUCCUGGAUUGUCCCCGCUGCCUGGCGAACCCUGCAGCCCAGAUGGUGGUGAUAGCCAUCUGCGACAGGCUGAUUACCUGGAGUCAGGCCACGGCAGCCAGCUUGGUGGGCAGCGGCAGCGGCAGCGGCAGCAACAUGAAGCGAAGCCAUUCCUCUGCCUUCGGGACUGGGUCUGGCUCUGGCGGGAGCACCCCGUCACUGGGAAGCAGCAGCAGUAGCAGCCGCAGCGACAUGAUGAUGAUGACGAUGGGAGCCUUCCAUCAUCAGCAGGGCGGGGCCGGGGAGGAGAGGGGUAGGGAGGAAGGUCUUGGCACCAACAACACCAACAACAACAGCAACAGGAACAACAACCUGGAACUGCACCACCACCUCGUGCAGCAAGCGCAGGCACAGGCAGCGACCACGGAGAAAGUGGGCCGGCAGACGGUGCGCCUGGGCGACUUUGUGCUGGACGACGCGGUGGCUGACCAGGCGGUGCGGUGCGUCGUGCUGCACGAUCUGGCACCGCAUUGAGGCGCUGCUGGACCGCGCCGCGGCCAAUACCACCCUGGCCCACUGCCGCCUGGUAGCGCUCUUGCAGCGGAGACUGCACAGGGCUAGAGGGACGGCUACUAGCUGCUAGCUAACCCGCGUCGGGGAGAUAUGAUGAUGCAGGUUGUGGCAAUGAUUCCUUUGAUUCAAGAACAUCUGCGUUGGAAGAUGGAAACACUAUUAUAUGGACCGGAUAGAUUAUCGAGUGACUGGAUACUGAAG